AUGCCACCAGCGCAAUCGCAACCGCCCAAACCAAAACCGAAGCCCCGCGUCAUCCCCCGCGAACACCUCCUCCACCCCCUCCAAAACAAUCCAAGCUAUCUGAACCUCCCCGCCCGCAUCCAAGCCCAACAAGCCCAGCAAGCCCGUCAAGCCCAGCAAGCCCAGGCAGCGCAACAAGCGCAAAAAUCCCAACAGCAAUCACCCAAACGAACGACGAUAUUCUCUCACCUCCGCACCCGCUACGCCGCCCUCCCGCUCCCCUUCCGCCGCUCCGUGCGCGCCCUCGGCGCCACCCUGCCCCUCCUCCCCAUCGGACUGUUCUUCUCUGAGCACAUCCUGCAGGUGAUGUGGGUGCGCGGGCCCAGCAUGACGCCCUACCUGAAUGAGGACUACGAGCAGAUGCACACGACGAGCGACAUGGUGUUAGUGAAUAUGUGGGGGGGAGGGGGGUUCUGGCCCUGGGAGCGGAAGAGGAGGUUGGAGAGGGGGAUGGUUGUUACUUUUCGCUCCCCCGCUAAUCCCCGACACACGGCCAUAAAGCGCGUUGUUGGAUUGCCCGGGGAUCGCAUCACGACGCGAGAACCCUGUCUGAAGGAGUCGCAGGUUGUGCCGUUUAAUCAUGUGUGGUUGGAGGGGGAUGCGCAGGAUCCCCGCAAGUCGAUGGAUAGUAAUACCUAUGGGCCGGUGAGUUGUAGCUUGAUCACGGGGCGGGUGCUGGCCGUCCUGUGGCCGAAGUGGCGGUGGUUGGAUUGGCGGGAUUGGGAGAAGGGAGUCGUUGAGGGGGACGUCGACCGCAGGUUUGGCGAGGAUUAUCGCCAGGAGGUCAGGGAGCGUGUGGUCAAGGAGGCGGUGCAGUUGGAGAGGCCGCAGUUGUCGUAG